GGAGUAUCCCCGCUGAACUCACUUGCGUUCCCUUAACCACGUGACGGGGCUCUGUCGGAGUGUCAGUGUGGAUGAGAAACAGGUGUUUUCCUUUGUAAAUACUGUUAUUUGUAUAUACUGUAAAUGAUGACGUCGGUGGGCAGCAGCCGCACCCGGGGCAAUUGGGAGCAGACGCAGAGCCAGACACAGAGCCAGACACAGCACAAGCAGAGGCCUCAGGCCACCGCAGAGCAGAUCCGACUUGCACAGAUGAUUUCGGACCACAACGAUGCAGACUUCGAAGAGAAGGUCAAGCAGCUGAUCGACAUCACAGGGAAGGACCAGGACGAGUCCAUGAUCGCGCUGCACGACUGCAACGGGGACGUCAACAGAGCCAUCAACGUCCUGCUGGAGGGGAACCCCGACACUGACUCCUGGGAGAUGGUGGGGAAAAAGAAGGGAGUGUCUGGCCAGAAGGAGAGCAGCCAGACGGAGGUGGGGGAGGAGGGGAAGGAGAACAGGGACAGAGGGGGAGACAGGGAUGCCACGCGGCGCAGAGGGGGGGCCCCUCGGAGAGGCCGAGCGACCAGCCGGGGCAGAGAGUUUCGUGGGCAGGAGAACGGUCUGGACGCUGCUAAGAGCGCGGGGCCUUCGGGGCGGGGUGUGGAGCGCGGUGUGGAGCGCGGUGUGGAGCGAGGUGUGGAGCGCGGUGCGGAGCGGGGUGCGGAGCGAGGUGCGGAGCGAGGUGUGGAGCGCGGUGCGGAGCGGGGUCGCCGGGGCAGAGGUAGAGGCAGAGCAGCCUCCGGAAGGCGUGGGGGCAGGUUUUCGGCUCAGGGCAUGGGGAUCUUUAAUCCGGCAGACUACGCCGAGCCGGCCCAGGCGGAGGAGGGCUACGCGGGGGGCAGCGCCUGGAGCAGCACGGCCGGCCUGGAGCCCGAUGACGGAACCAGGCUUGAGUUCCCUGGGGUUGAGGGAACAAGUUAUCCCCGAAAAUUUGACUCUGCUCAUGGUGCCUGGAGGACAGCCAAUGAGGAGUGGGGCACUGAGGACUGGAACGAAGACCUGACAGAGACGAAGAUCUUCACAGCCUCCAGUGUGGCGCCCGUGCCCCUGGCCCAGGAGAGUGUCACCAUCACUGCAGGACAGAGGAUCGACCUGGCGGUGCUUCUUGGCAAGACGCCCGCCCCCUCGUCCUCUGAGCCGGAGGCCGGCGGUCUGGAGAGCUCGCAGCCCCCCGCCCUGUCACAGUCACUGGUCUUCAGCAGCCCCCAGCAGGGCAGCUCCCUGUCCCAGCCCCCCUCCAGCACUGCCUACCCCCAGCACAGCAUGGCCAGUAUGCUAAGCAAAAGCUUCGGCGAGGUCGUGGACCCCAAGGGGGGUAACGGAGGGGCGACCAGCGGCUCGCAGUUCCUCGAGCAGUUCAAGACGGCCCAGGCGCUGGCCCAGCUGGCUGCUCAGCACUCUCAGACCGCACCCCAAAACCCCCCCUCUUCCUCCUGGGACACAAGCCCCGCCUCUCUGGGGCAGUACGACCGGAAGCCCCAGCCUGAGGCUGCAGCUCACAGCCCCUUCACCAAGCGCCAGCCCUACCAGCCCGCCUCCUCUUCCGCCUCCUCUAUGAUGGAGGCCUUCCUCCAGGACAAGGCCCCCUCCUCGUCCUCGGCCUCCUCCUCCCUGCACACGCCGGCGCUCCCCGUCUCUCCCCUCCCCAAGCCCGCGGGCCCCGUCUCCGGGCAGCAGAUGUCUCCCGCCUCCUCCGACAACCAGUCCUCCAGCCCCCAGCCCCUGCAGCAGCACAAGCUCAAGCAGCAGAGGAAGAGGACCGCCAUCGCCUCCAAGAUCCCAGCGCUUGCGGUGGAGAUGCCUGGUUCUGCAGACAUGUCUGGGCUGAACCUGCAGUUCGGGGCCCUGCAGUUCGGGUCAGAACCAGUGCUGCCAGAGUACGACUCCGCCCCGGUGACCAGCGCCACUGCCAGCCAGGCACAGAACAGCCUGUUCACCAGCACGAGCAGCGAGUCCAUGCCAACCAUUCCAAACCCCAGCCAGGACCAAGCGUAUCAGGGCAGCUCCCUCCCCGGGGGCGGGCCCUCGUACCCCCCUCAGACGGGCCCGGCGGGCGGGGUGGGGCAGCCCACGCUGUACGAGCAGAGGGCCACGCAGACCCGCCGGUACCCCCCCUCUGUCUCCUCCUCCCCACAGAAGGACAUGCAGCCUAGCAAGAAUGGCUUCAGCUCAAUGCAGGCCGCGCAGUCUUUGGAAGGUGGCGCCGACGCGGGCGGCGCCGUCUCCAUGCCAGUCAUGGACAGCGUCACAGGCCCCGCCUCCUUGUUGACCACGCCCAGCCAGUCGGCCCUCAGCGCCCUGGGACACGGCGACGAUCUCGCCUCCAACGCAGUCACCCAGCCCCAGCAUAGCAACUCCCUCUCCACUCAACAGAACAGCCUGGUCUCCUCCUCCACAGUCCGCACCACUAACUCCAGUCUACUGCACCCGAGCGUGGACGGCGACUCCAGCCUUCACUCGUCCUCCUUCCCCUCCUCCGUCACGGUGGCCUCCUCCAGCCCCGCCUCCUCGCUCAGCGCCCCGCCCCCCUCCGCCAGCAUGGCCUCGGCCCCGCCCAGCCUGGGCCCCGUCAGCGGCCUGGCCAUGGGCCUCGGCGGCUCCAGCUCGGCGGGUCCCGCCGCCUCUUCCUCCUCCUCGUCCUCGGGGGCCACCGCCAUGUCCUCCUUGUCGCGAGGCUCGGCGGCGCUGUCAGGGAAAGCACCUCCGAACCUGCCCCCUGGAGUGCCCCCCCUUUUGCCAAACCCUUACAUCAUGACCCCUGGGUUACUACACGCCUACCCACCCCAGAUGUACGGCUACGAUGACCUGCAGAUGCUCCAGACCAGGAUACCGCUGGACUACUACAGCAUCCCCUUCGCCGCCCCCACCACAGCACUGACCGGCAGAGAGGGAAGUCUGACCAGCAACCCUUACUCCGCGGGCGACCUGUCGAAGUUCGGGCGGGGCGACGCCCCCUCCCCGGCUCCGGCCACCACGCUGGCGCAGCCGCAGCAGAGCCAGACGCAGACGCACCACACGGCCCAGCAGCCCUUCCUCAACCCCGCCCUCCCGCCCGGCUACAGCUACACCAGCCUGCCCUACUACACGGGCGUGCCCGGCCUGCCCAGCACCUUCCAGUACGGCCCCGCCGUGUUUCCGGUGGCUCCUACCUCAUCGAAGCAGCACGGCGUGGGCGUGAACGCGUCGGCCGCGCCCUUCCAGCAGGCCAGCGGCUACGGCUCCCACGGGUACACCACUGGGUAUGAGGAUAUGGGCCAGGCUUCUGGGAGUGGGGAUUUCUGUAAGGGUGGAUAUAGCACUGCUGUCGCCGCCGCCGCCGCUGCUGCUGCUGCUGCUGCUGCUUCUGCACAAAGCAAGCCGGCCAGCUCUGUCACCGGGCCUGGAGUGGGAGUUUCUGUGACGUCCAGCAACACUGGGGUUCCGGACAUCUCAGGGUCUGUUUACACAAAGACACAGUCGUUCGAUAAGCAGGGUUUCCACGCGGGGACCCCGGCGGCCUCCUUCAGCCUGCCCUCGGCCCUGGGUGGGGCGGGCCCCAUCAACCCCCCCGCGGCCGCCGGCUACGCCCCCGCCCCCUUCAUGCACAUCCUGGCCCCGCACCAGCAGCCCCACUCCCAGAUCCUGCACCACCACCUGCAGCAGGACGGCCAGAGCGGCUCUGGCCAGCGUAGCCAGAACUCCUCCAUUCAGCAGAAGUCACAGGUCAACAAGUCUGCUUACAACAGCUACACCUGGGGGGCCAACUAGCAGCACCUGUCCGAGCCCGACGCAAGCCUGACCCCCCCCCGCCUGCCCUGGAGUGUCCCCUGCUGAACCCCGCCAACUUCCUCCCCUGCAGUUCCCACCAUGGCCACAGGUGUCGCCGUACACAGGGAGCCAGCCUUGCGGCAGCGCCCACACUGUGGGUGUUGUGGCAGGAGAGCAGGGUGUGUAAUAGAGAGGGUAGGAGGGUAAAUCACAGACCUUUUUUUAAAAUUGGUGCCCUCAACAUCUCUUCCUCUUGUAUGUCACUUGGACCUUGUUUUUCUAUGAAGGCAUUUUGUUUUUAUUUUUUGGUUUUUGACUGAUUUUGGGAAGGAGAGGCUUGAGAGGAUGGGGGGGGAGGUCUGGUGAUUUCACACCCCCAUCCCGUAGCUCUCCCCUUCUCUUUCCUAGCCUUUCUCCCCCCCCCCCCCCCCCCCCCCCCAAAAAAAAACAAAAAAUGAUUUUAAUUUCUUUCUUCUCAUCUUUUGGAUGUUAUCAGAUUUUGUUUUUUACAGAGAGAUUCUCUACAUUAAAGGUCAGCAUAUCUCAUGUAUAUCUAUAUGGUGUGCACGCACCCCGAUGUGGAAGCAAGUGGUGUGCAUGUGUGCCUGUGGCUGUGAACUGACUGGACUUGGAGGGGAGCUGACCAACUGUUCCAGGCCCCUCCCCUUUGUGGGGCUGGGGGGUGGAGUCCUGCUCCUGUGUUCUUACUGUUCCUAUGGAAGCCAAUGUGGGCGGGCAGAUUCCACCCCCCCUCCCCCUCCCCCUCCCCCCUUCCAUAUGCUUACCUUCACUGGGCUGCGGUAACAUUGCAGCCUUCUCUAUUCCACCUGUUCAUUGUGUUUAUUUACCCUGGUAGCCAGUUCACCCCUCCCCCUCCCCCUUUGCCCUGAAAUCAAGUUGUCAGUUUGAACUUCAUUUGAAUCAGUUCUCGCAGGGUGGGCUUCCUUCACUUAAUCUGUUCAUUUGUGCAUUUUCUGUGUCGAGUGGAAUCGACCGGCAGCCACCCCAUGUAAACGUGUUGUGCUUCUCUAUUCCUCCCUCUCUCCCAUCUCCCCUCUUAUUAUUACUUAGGAUACUUAAAAGCCCUGAUUAAUGGACAGAAUUGUAAUGUUUUUUUUCUGCAUUUUUGUCAGUGACCUUUUUUGUACUGUGCGUUUAAAAAGAAUUUAAAUGGAUAAACUUGUAUAUAUAAAAACACACAGAAGUACUGUAGUCCUGGUUUGUUUGAUGGCUUAAUAUUUUUUAUUUGUAUUCUCCAGAUCCUCACUCUCACAACUUACAUUUUUUGUUUCCUUUUUAUUUUGUAAACUAUAUAUAUAUUUAUAUAUAUAUAUACAUCUAUAUAAAUAUUAAGGAAAUCAACCAGAAAAGACGUUUUCAUCAUAGGGAUGUGAAUGUUUUUUAAUGUAUUUUUAAAGCUUGCAUUGCUUGUAAUUAUAGCAGGCGUUUUUGUUUUGGUUUUUAUCUCGGAAGCAGUUGAGGUUUUUUGUAAUUUUCCUUGUUUUGGGUUCAUAAAUGGUCAAAGUCACCAGGGAGGGAGGUUGGGAUGGGCAGGGUUAAGACAUUUAAAUAAAGUGAAUAAUUCUCAGAGACGUACAAAUCAAA